AUGGCUUCCAAAAGGGUUCUUUUCCUUUGUGGGGACUUCAUGGAAGACUACGAAGCCAUGGUUCCGUUUCAGGCACUGCAGGCCUUCGGUGUCGCCGUCGACGCCGUCUGUCCCGGAAAGAAGGCUGGCGAUGUAUGCCGCACCGCCGUCCAUGUGCUUUCCGGCGCCCAGACUUACAGUGAGACAGUUGGUCACAAUUUUGCACUCAAUGCAACGUUUGAUGAAGUUGAUGCUGCAAGCUAUGAUGGAUUGUGGUUACCGGGUGGGAGGGCUCCAGAGUAUCUUGCUCAUAUUCCUGGUGUUGUGGAGCUGGUGACCAAGUUUGUCAGUUUGGGAAAACAAAUUGCUAGCAUUUGUCAUGGACAAUUGAUUCUUGCUGCUGCUGCUGGAGUGGUUAAAGGUCGCAAGUGCACAGCUUUUCCUCCUGUUAAACCAGUGCUGGUUGCUGCUGGUGCUCAUUGGGUUGAACCGGAUACCAUGGCAGCAACAGUGGUGGAUGAUAAUCUAAUUACUGCAGCUACUUAUGAUGGGCACCCUGAACUUAUUCGCCAUUUUGUGAAGGCAUUAGGUGGCACUAUAAGUGGCUCGGGUAGAAAAAUCCUCUUUAUUUGUGGGGAUUACAUGGAAGAUUAUGAAGUCAAGGUUCCGUUUCAGUCCCUUCAGGCUCUAGGAUGCCAUGUUGAUGCAGUUUGCCCCUCAAAGAAGGCUGGUGACACUUGCCCAACUGCUAUUCAUGAUUUUGAAGGAGAUCAAACUUACACAGAGAAGCCAGGACAUGCAUUUCCUUUAACAGCAACCUUUGGUGAUGCAGAUCCUUCUAGCUAUGACGCCCUUGUCAUCCCUGGAGGUCGAGCACCUGAGUAUUUGGCUUUAAACGAGUCAGUCAUUGCCUUGGUGAAACAUUUCUUUGAAAACAAGAAGCCAGUGGCAUCUAUCUGUCAUGGCCAACAGAUUUUAUCUGCAGCUGGUGUACUCAAGGGAAGGAAAUGCACUGCUUAUCCGGCUGUGAAGCUUAAUGUGGUUCUGUCUGGAGCAACAUGGUUGGAGCCUGAUCCUAUAAGCCGAUGCUUCACUGAUGGAAAUCUGGUUACUGGAGCUGCAUGGCCAGCGCACCCUGAGUUCAUUUCUCAGUUGAUGGCACUCCUUGGUAUUCAAGUAUCUUUCUAG